UAAAUAAUUACAAUAUAUGGCUGCUUCAACAUCAUUCCUAAUUUCUUCCUCUUUCCUACCUCUCCGGCCACUUCACCGGAAUACUCCUAUUUUAUCAACAUCUAGAACAAAAGCCCACAAUGAUGGCGUCAACAACGGACGGCUAGUUGACGAAAGCAUGGUCGUGUUAAGACUUAGAAUUCACGAGAUGAAACUCGCCGACAAGAACUACGAGCCACCGGCAGAGUGGAUGUGGUGGGAGAAGCAAAUUUACGGUGAUUAUGAUGCUUUCAUUUGUGAUGUUAUUGGGUUGUUGCAAUCCCAGAUGAUGGAGACUAGGCCGGCGGUUGUGGUUGGAUUGUCGGCGAUUUUAGCUCUUAGUUUACCGAUUUCGGCGGCUACGGUGGCGUUUCAGAUGGUAAGGAUUGUAGGUGGUGUUCUUGCCGGAGGAGUGCAUUUUCAAUGAAUGAUGGAUUGCCGGUUUUUAAUAUUCUAAGACUUUAAUUCUCAAUGUUGGAUUUUAGUGUAGAACAUAUAUAUAUAUAUAUAUAUAUUCAUAAGAAUUUAGUUUUGUUGUUAAUA